AGCGGAUCUGUAACGGUUAAAAAUGAGGUUAAUAUUAUGAUGAAGAAUUCUGUAGACGUUAUGUUUGGUGGACUAACAUUCUGGAUGUUCGGUUACGGUCUAGGAUUCGGGGACGAGCCUGGCUCUAACCCUUUCUGUGGAUGGGGUGACUUCUUCGUUCACGCUAAUUCCUCUGAAUUGGGAUGGAUUUACUCCAAAUUCUUUUUCCAGUCAUCGUUUGCAACAACAGCAACAACUAUUGUAUCUGGAUCAAUGGCGGAGAGGACUCGUCUGGACGCCUACAUCGUGUUCUCCAUGCUGAACACUUUCAUUUUCUGUAUCCCUGCCCACUGGACCUGGGCGCCCGGGGGGUGGCUGUACGAGUUAGGGGUGAUUGACAUCGCAGGCGCGGGACCGGUACAUCUCGUGGGCGGGUUGACCGGUCUGGUGGCAACUCUGAUGCUGAAACCGAGGCACGGCCGAUUCUCCUCAGAUAAGAGCAAACGGCCUCCCAUGGGAUCUCCAACGAAUGCUAUUCUAGGAAUGUUCAUGCUUUGGUGGGGCUGGCUUGGCUUCAACUGUGGAAGCACAUUUGGCAUAUCUGGUCUCAAAUGGAAACUUGCUGCAAGGUCAGCUGUGACCACUGCUCUUUCAUCCGUGGCUGGUGGCAUUGUGGGGAUUAUGACCAGUUAUAUUUUCAAAAACAGAAGAUUUGACGUAGUAUAUACUAUCAAUGGCAUUCUGGGUUCACUUGUUGGAAUUACUGCAAGCUGUGCCCUUGCUAAACCUUGGGAAGCUAUGGUCAUUGGAGUUUGCGCAAGCCUGAUCACCAAUGGAGUCUGCGCUUUGCUAGAUAAGCUAAAAAUAGAUGACCCAGUUGGUUGUGUUGGAACACAUGCAGCGAGUGGGAUGUUCAGUCUUCUGGCAUCUGGGUUGUUGACCGAAAAAGACGAACUGGCUGAUGCCUUACAGCUACAACGAGUACGCACAGGGCUAGUUUAUUCUGGUCAGUUUUAUCAACUCGGGAUACAAGCAGUGGCUGUAGUUUCAAUAUGUGCUUGGACGAUAAUAAUGUCUUACAUAUUUCUGAAGCUGAUCCAAGUUACUGUUGGUCUCAGAGUGACACUUGAAGAAGAAAUAAUAGGCUCUGAUAUUGUAGAACAUGCAGUAGGUGGCGUUCAUUAUGAUAAAGAGACCCGGAUGAUUGUGCAAGAUAUAGCCAAUCACGAAGAGCCAGAUAUAAUACGUCAUCAUGAUCAACAGACCACAUUUUCACGGCGAAGGCAGUCUCACACUUAUGGAAGACGGAUGUCGUGCCAAAGUGAAAGUUGUAAUGAUAGCAUAUACUUUCAUUUACCAGAACUGCCAGUCGUGAAAGAAGAAGAAUCGAAAAGUAUUAUGAAGACGUUACUUAAAAAUAUAGCAAGCAGAUGUAUUAAGAGUAAGAAACAUGUUUUGUUCAACCAUGAAAUCCACAACACACUCAGUACGAGUAAAGAACAAGGAGAUAUAAGCGUUGUUCAACCUGAAUUCCUGCUCCCUUCACUCCCAUUCUGUAAAGAAAAUGAAGAAUUGGAGAGAGAAAAGACCACAACGUACGUUUAAGAUAUGAGUAAUAAACUGAAUUAACCAAUACAACAGCAAUAGCACCAUGAGCAGUGUCUGUUGCAAACUAAGUGUACUAUGAAUACGAUAAUAUCAUAAUGUUCAGAUUCUCUUUAUUUAUAAUAAAAUUAAUGACAA